UAUUCUGGUCAUAUUUUUUUUCCAAACACAUUUUACCAAUUCCAAACCACAUCAGGGGCCGGUUGCAUAAAGGGGUUAGACCAGUCUUAAAAAGUGAAAGUUGUGUUUACUAAAUAAAAAGACAGCAAUCAUGUCUUUCAGAGAUCUGAGAAAUUUUACAGAGAUGAUGCGAGCGCUCGGGUACCCUCGUCUCAUUUCCAUGGAGAAUUUUAGAUCUCCAAACUUCCCUUUAGUAGCUGAAAUCCUCAUCUGGCUUGUUAAGAGAUAUGAACCUCAGAUGGAAAUUCCCAGUGAUGUUGAGACCGAGUCCGACAGAGUGUUUUUCAUCAAAGCAGUGGCUCAGUUUAUGGCGACUAAAGCUCAUGUGAAGCUGAAUCUCAAGCGUCUGUAUCAGGCAGAUGGUUACGCUGUGAAAGAGAUGCUGAAAAUCACCAGCAUCCUCUAUAAUGCCAUGAAAACCAAAGAGAACACUGACGGGGAGCAGAACAAUGAUGAAAACAGCAAGUUCAAGUUUGAUCUGGGGUCAAAGAUAGCUGAUUUAAAGGUGGCACGUCAGCUGGGAUCUGAAAUUACAGCAAAGGGAGCAGCUCUGUUUGACCUGCUGGGGCACGAAGAGGACCUGAGAGAGAGCAGGACGGCUGCGAUAGCCCGACCGCUGGAGAUCACUGAGACAGAGAGAGCUCUGAGAGCCGCUGUCAAAGACGUUACGGAGAGCAUCCAAAUGACAAAGGAUCUGCUCAAUAACGUAUCAUCAGAUGAGGCCAGUCUGGAGGCCAAAAUCGAGAAGAAGAAACAGGACCUGGAGAGAAACCAGAAACGCUUACAAACUCUACAGAGUGUGCGUCCAGCGUUUAUGGAUGAAUACGAGAAGAUCGAGGAGGACUUACAGAAACAGUACCAGACGUAUGUGGAGAAAUUCCGCAACUUGAGCUUCCUGGAGCAGCAGCUAGAUGACUAUCACAGAGCCGAGCAGGAGCGUUUCGAGGAAGCGGAGAUGGCAAUGAAAAUGAGACAAAACAAAUUAAAAGAGGAGGAGAAGAGACUCAUGAGGAGUGGAGCAAGAGAUGACGACUCGGAUGUGGACAUACCAGAGGAUGAAGGAUCUGAUAGCGACAUAGACGACGGACAGCAGCCCAGACCACACCACGCACGACACGCACAGAUAUCAGGUCGAGGUGGUGCUCGAUUCAUCGGCAGUAUGAGGGGAGGAGAAAGUGAAGAGCCCAGAGUAAAGGAACGAAUCCAUGUAUCCGGCAGCAGCCGGAAGAAAAAGAGAAGAAAGUCAGAGGAUAGUGAGAUCGACGUAGACGAUGAUGAUGAAGAUGGCGAGGAAGAUGAAGAUGAGGAGGAAGAGGGAAACGAGGAUCUGGAUGAAGACAAUGACAGUCUGGAGGGUUCCUCGGUCAAACCCGGACGCACAAAGCGAUCGCUGCACCCACAAAUCCUCGAGGAGAGCGAUAACGAUUUUUAACAUGCAACAAGCCUCCAUUUAAAGGUAUAGGUCACCCAAAAAUAAAAAUAUGCUGAAAAUGUACUCACUCUCAGGCCAUCCAAGAUACAAAUGAGUUUGUUUCUCCAUCAGAUUUGGAAAAAUGUAGCUUUGCUUCACUUGCUCACCAGUGGAUCAUCUGGAGUUGAAUGGGUGCCGUCAGAAUAAGAGUCCAAACAGCUGAUAAAAACAUCACAAUAAUCCACAAGUAAUCCACACCACUCCAGUCCAUCAGUUAACAUCUGGAGAAGAGGAAAGCUGCAUGUUUCCAAGAAACAAAUCCAUCAUUAAGACGUUUUUAACUUCAAACUGUUGUUUCCUGCUAAAAAGUCAUCUUGUCUGAAUCAGGUGUGAAAUAUGUACAGAUAGCACCGUUUACAAGCAAAAACAGUUCUAAAUAAUUAUUUUUGUGUAUUUUGAUGUUUGAGGACAACAGAGGAUGGACUUUUCUGGUAUUUUCUGGUAUGACUGGUAUUUUAGCCUGAAGUGAUGACUUGAAAUUAAAAACAUGUUAAUGACAUAUUUAUUUCUUAUAAACAUGCAGCUUCUCGCUUUAAAAGAUGUUAAUUGGUGUACUGGAGUGGUGUGGAUUACUUGUGGAUUAUUGUGAUGUUUUAAUCAGCUGUUUGGACUCUCAUUCUGACGGCACCCAUUCACUGCAGAGGAAUCAGUGGUGAGUGAUGUAAUGCUACAAUUCUCCAAAACUGUUCUGAUGAAGAAACACACUAAUUUACAUCUUGGAUGACCUAAGAGUGAGAACAUUUAUCAAAGCUUCAAUUUUGGGUGAAUUAUUGCUUUAAAUAACCAUGCAUUUGCAUACAAAAAAAGGUUAAUACACUUCAAGUCUUAUUUAAACAGAAUGUGACAAUUCACAU